AACUUUGGUGGCUCUCCAUUGUUGCUUCUGUUAUGUCUUUUACUUACUCAACUAUUGGACUUGGCCUUGGAGUUGCUCAAAUUACUGCAAAUGGAAAAAUUGGAGGGAGCUUGACUGGAAUUAGCAUAGGAACUGUCACUCAAACACAAAAAGUAUGGAGGAGCUUCCAAGCUCUUGGAGACAUUGCUUUUGCCUACUCAUACUCGAUUAUCCUCAUUGAAAUUCAGGACACUCUAAAAUCUCCACCUUCAGAGGCUAAGACAAUGAAGAAGGCAACUCUAGUGAGUGUGUCGGUGACAACGCUUUUUUAUAUGUUGUGUGGCGCUGCUGGCUACGCACCAUUCGGGCACAUGGCACCGGGAAACCUACUCACUGGGUUCGGGAUUCCAAUUGAAAUGAGCUUAUGUGUGGAGUCCAUGCUUCCAUUCGAUUUUGCAACUUCUUCAACAUCAAUGACUCUAAUGCUUUCUAUUUCUCCCCUUAGUUAUAGUUAUGGUUGGCUUUUAGAAGGUUCUAAUAAACUUGACCAAUGA